AUGAAGUUCGGCGACGAGUUCAACGACAGAUCGAUCUCCAGAUGGAGGAAUUACAACAUCGACUACAACGACAUCAAACAUAAGAUCAAGGAGGCAACUACCGCGCUCAAAGACUCGAAUUCCAGUUACUCUGAUAAGUCAAAUGACACCCACGAUACAGACAACUCCAAGUCGUCCAGGUCCUCGCGCUCGUCUAUAGAAUAUGCCCAGGACAGAGUCACCAGAAAACACCUAAGGAAGCUGUUCAAGGUGUUUAAGGAACAGAUUGAGUUUGCGUCUUUAUUUGUGAACUCAAAGUACGGAGAGAUCUCCAGACGUAUCCUUACCACCAAGAACCAGCUCAACAUGUUCAUCAACUCUACUCUGGAAGCUCCACAGGAACAGAGCGGGAUCCAACAACGGCUUCAAAGAAGAAAACUAGCCACCAUCCAAAAGGAACUUGAGUUCAUAUCGGCUGAUUUGCAAGAUCUGUCCCGUUUCAUCCUGCUCCAAAAGAUCGCCCUCAAGAAACUGUUCAAGAAAUUCAUCAAACACAGCGAUUACCAGUAUAAACACGAGCUUGUCAACAAGAUCACCGCAGAGUGUCUUAACGGUGACCCAAACUCGUUUGUCAAUCUGUACUUGAACGAUGCGGCUUUGGAGCUGACUUUAAUGUUCGAUGUGAUCAACAACUACAACGCCACACGGACGGCUCAGCCCGUCGCCCACGACACCCGCAGGCAGUCUGUGAUCUCCGCAGAGUCCCUCACGUUUGCUGACUUCCGUCCCAACGAGUUUGCACCAUCGAGAUCCACCACGUUCGAUCUCAUCUCGCACAAAAAGGGGUCCGUCUGCCAGCGGUUCUGGGUCCACAACGACAACGUUGACGAGACGAAACUCAAACUUCUCAGCCAGUUCAAACUGAUUUCGGACGAUACAGGACUCGUGGACGACGAUGUCCAUCCAAAAACCGUGAAAAAAUACCAGCAGCCAGGCCCAACUCAAACCCCGCCACGACAGCUCAAACAGACAAAGUCGGCGGUCGACUUGACCAAGCAGAACACGCAGGACGACUCUACCUUCCGUCCAGACACCAAGAUCGUGAAGCUCUGGCUCAACAACUUGGAUGAUCCUCUCGUGACCUCUCAAGAAGGCUUGUCGUUCUUGUCGUCAUCGGACACCGUCUUGUCUGCGGGACUCGUUGCACAGAUCCACAACACACAGUACUUCAACUCGCGGCGUGCAGAGAAACCAUUGUUGAUCUCUCCGAUCGGAGGCCUUCAUCAAUUUGCAGCUACAAGCGUCACCGAGAAGCUCAUCCAGUCCCUAUUUUCUCCUUCUAAACUACCUGUGGAGGUAUUCAAGAACAAGAUCCUCAAGGACUGGUGCGAUUCUGGACUCGUUGGCAACCCAAAGAUGGCCCAGUUGUCCUUGGACUGGUGUAUUGACAAGAAAAUGGCUCCUUUAGCCAAAGUUUCGGUGAACAGACUCAGAUUCAUCAGUCUGAGCCAGGAAGGCUCGCAACCAAAAAUCGACUGCUACCUGACCUUGGACAGCGACGUCCAGGUCCACAAGAUCGACUCAAAUUCGGAUUUGAGUUUCAACUUCCCUGAAGACAGCGUUCCUUUCGACCAUUCGAUUCUGGAAGUCAGAUACGACACGCCGCUGAAAGUUCUGCCGCCGGCAGUCCAGUCACUAAUCAACUCGCAUCUUGUCUACCGUGUGGACAAUCUAAACUUUUCUCUCAACAACUAUCUCCUCUGGAGAUUCUACCAGAAUUCUCUCACGGACGAAGCAAUGCUGCAAUACAUUGCACCGUGGUUCGAAGUCCUGCAAAAUCAGGAUAUUCGCAAGCUUCCAUCCAUCACCAAGAAGCCGUCAGAAGAAGCUGUCAAGUCACAGGCUCCAAAAGGAAUUCUCCUCAACAGGAACGAGCCAUCGGAUGCCCAAAAACAAUUACAGGAAGGAAAACGGUACUGGAACGAGUUUGACGACGGAAGCGACCAGGAAUACGAUCAAGGGUACUACGUUGAUGACGACGACUACGACUAUUCGGACUCAAGGAUGUUAUUUGGCAAUUUCGCCGGACUAGGGUUUCUCACUUCGGGCAGAAUUGAUGCUAUAUUACAAUACUCUAACAAAAUCUCCAACAAGCUGUCGAGCUUGCUGCAUAUUAGACCGGCUCGAGCAGAGGCCUCUCCGUUGCUGCCUUCACACCACAAUGGUCAGCAUUUAUACAAGUCAUUAAUCAACGGGGCUGGUCCAACUGAGGACGAGUCUGAGUCCGACACGGACAACAGCGAGAACAGAUCGCUGCUGAACCGGCUGAAACGUUCGCCAAACAACGGCGAGCAUUUCCACCAGCGCCAAAUGUCUCUGGUGAACGGCCAGUCCAAGUCAAACGAGAUGGUGGCACAGAUAAACCACGACCGCAUCCUGUGUUUCCUUUACCUGACGUCUAUGUUGGUUUCUUUCCUGACCACGGGAGUUGGUCUUGGAGUGAUCUACUCCACGCUGCAGACCAGUGACGACGUGACAGAGACCAGUGGAGCCAUAUUGCUGCUGUGCUUUGGUCUCGGUUGCUUGGUGUUGAGUCUGCUUCUCAGCGGCGCAGCGGUGUGUCUGCUAAUGGCUCGAUACAGUUGGCCUCCAAUGUGGCACCAGGUGCUGGUGUGGUCGAGUCUGCUUCUCAUCUCCGUCCUCUUUAUCAUCUCUUUGGUGUCAUGUUUCUAG